GCGCCGGAGCCCUCUUUUACACGUGAUCGCGGAGCUGCAGCGUGCGAAGCCAGAAUCAUGGCGGAUAGACCCGUGGUACCCAGCGAUUUAUUCCCUCAUAUAUUGCGCUUCCUUCGCGACAACCAGUUGGUUAGCACCGCCAAAGAGUUCAGCAAGGCCACCGGAUUGAAAGAUAAGGACAACAGCCCUGCCAGUCUUGUGGAUAUAUACAGCGAUUGGCUAAAAUCCCCAGCUUCUAAAAAAAGGAAACCUCUUGCUAACAGUCUUCCCAAAAAAAAGGCUGCUAAGGAAUCCAGCAGCGAAGACAGUUCUAGUGAAGAUGAAGAGCCACCUGCUAAAAAGCCAAGUAUGUUGUCACCGGCAGCAGUCAAGAAAGCAGUGACUAAAGUGCUCCCAACAAAGAAAGCCGAAAGCAGCAGUGAAGAUUCUGAAUCUGAAGAGGAAGCCAAGAAACCUCCUCCUAAAAAGGCUACACCCCUGGCAAAGGCAGACAAUGUGAAAACUCCACCGCAGAAGAAAGCAAAAGACUCGAGUUCGGACUCCAGUUCAGAAGAUGAAGCCCCCCAGAAAAAACAGGCUCCUCCUGUGAAGUCCCCUGCACCAAAGUCCGCAGCACAGCCAUCCUCAGCAAAAACAACUCCAGCAUUAAAAACGCGUAAACCGGAUACCAGUAGCAGUGAAGAGUCGGAAGACAGCACCCCAGCAAAGCCUGCUACAACUAAAACUCCUCCUGCCAAAUCUGCUGCUGCAGCCAAAUCCCCUGCACCGUCCAAGCCUGCAGUGAAGAAGGCAGGCAGUGGGAAAAAAAGCUCCAGCAGUGAUGACUCUUCAGACAGUUCUGAAGAUGAGAAACCUGCAGCAAAAACUAAAGCAAAGCCAGGUGCAUACAGUGCUGUACCUCCACCAACAUUAGACAAGAAACAAGCAACUCCAAAAACUACUCCCAAGGCAAAUGCUAAAGCAGAAAGCAGCAGUGACUCUUCAGACAGCAGUGAGGAGGAGCAGUCAACAAAGAAAGCCAAGGUCACGCCAGGAAAGUCUCCUGCAUCGGCUAAACCUGUUGCAAAGAAAGCCAAUGAGGAAUCCAGUGAUGAAGAUAAGACUGGCAAACCAGCAGCAAAAACACCAACUGGCAAGACUGCUACAGCCACAGCUAAAACUCCACCUGCAAAGGUUACUCCUAAAUCUGCACAAGCAAAGAAGGAUUCCAGCUCCUCUGACAGCUCUGACUCAAGUGAUGAUGAAAAGACGAAAAAGGUUCCAGCUAAGCCCACAGCAAAAACUCCACCUGCAAAACCUGUUGCCAAACUGACACCAGCCAAAACUACUCCUGCCAAAAAGGAUGCAAGUUCUUCUGACAGUUCUGAUUCCAGUGAGGAUGAAAAAAAGAAAAAGGCUCCCGCUAAACCAGCAGUGAAAACGCCACCUUCAAAGCCUGCUGCAAAAGCAGUCCCUGCCAGCAAAAAGGAAUCUAGUUCUUCUGACAGCUCUGACUCUGAAAGCGAGGAGGAUUCCACAAAGAAGGCUGCCAGUAAGCCAUCUGCUAAACAAGCUGCUGCGGCAAAGCCAGCACCAGCCAAGCAGAAUGAGGCUAGUAAAAAGACACCAACUAAACCUUUGACCCCCAAGUCUGCAGGACCAGUGAAAAACAAGGCAGCAGAACAGAGCAGCAGCUCUGAUUCCGACAGCUCAAGUGAUGAAAAAGAAAAAGCUAAAAAAACUGUUAAGUCACCAGCAGCUGCACCAGCUGCCAAGAAACCAAUCCCUGUGAAUAAAACAAAAGCCAGUAGUAGCUCUUCAUCAGACAGCUCCAGCGAUGAAGAAGAGAAACCUAAACAAGCAGCUGUGAAAAAGAAAGCAAAGUCCGUCCCAAAGAAAAAAGAAAGCAGCUCUGAAGAGAGUAGCUCAGAAGAGGAGAAAGCAAAAAAAACAGCUACCUCAAAGUCUCCAGCAGCUAAACCGGCCACUACUCCCAAGAGUGCAAAGUCCACACCAAAAGCUGCAGCUAAGAAAGCUAAAGAGAGUUCAGAGGAAAGCUCCUCCAGUGAGGAAGAGGAGGAAAAUGUCACAGUGAAUGGUAAUUCUGGAAAACGGAAAAGGGAAGGUGAUCAGGAGCAGACACCGGACAAUAAGAAAAUUCAAGUGAAAACUCCAAACACAUUCCCCAAGGCUAACAAGAAGGAAGAUCAGAAAAAUACUCCUUUCCGAAGAGUAGUUGAAGAGCAUGUUGACGUUGACCCCCGUAUGUCUAACAAUUCGUUUGACGCAAAGAAAGGAGCAAAAGGAGACUGGGGGGAGAAAGCCAAUAAUGUUUUGAAAUUCACUAAAGGAAAAUCUUUCCGUCAUGAAAAGACAAAGAAAAAGCGGGGCAGUUAUUGCGGUGGAGCCAUUUCUACAACCGUGAACUCCAUAAAGUUUGACAGUGACUGAACUGGAAUAUUUUGUAAAUCAAUACAUUGAACUUUUUUCUGGAUGCUGUACUUUGACUGGCUGCAGU